UUGAAAUAAAGUGUAUUUCCGGCGCCCUGUAUCUAACUUGACGCACCUCCCUGGAGCUCAGCGUCCCGCAUCCAGAGAGCGGUCCAUCCCCAGCACACACAGGUGCACUGUUUCUUUAUUCUAAUUGAGGUGGAGUAAGGUUGCCAUCAUGGGGGAACUGUUCCGAAGUGAGGAGAUGACCCUGGCUCAGCUCUUUCUCCAGUCAGAGGCAGCCUACUGCUGUGUCAGCGAGCUUGGAGAACUGGGCAUGGUCCAGUUCAGAGAUCUAAAUCCAGACGUAAACGUGUUCCAGCGUAAAUUUGUGAAUGAAGUGAGGAGAUGUGAGGAGAUGGACAGGAAACUAAGGUUUGUGGAGAAGGAGAUCAAGAAAGCUAACAUCCCAACUGUGGACACUGGAGAGAAUCCAGAGGUGCCUUUUCCCAGGGAUAUGAUUGACCUAGAGGCCACCUUUGAGAAGCUGGAGAACGAGCUGAAGGAGAUCAACACCAACCAGGAAGCACUGAAGAAGAACUUCCUGGAACUGACGGAGCUCAAACACAUCCUCCGUCGAACACAGCAGUUCUUUGAUGAGAUGGAGGACCCCAACCUGCUGGAGGAGUCAUCGGCCCUGAUGGAGGGCAGUGAGGGGGGUCGUGGGGCCCCGCUUAGACUGGGGUUUGUGGCUGGAGUGAUCAGCAGGGAGCGGAUUCCCACCUUUGAGAGGAUGCUGUGGAGGGUGUGUCGUGGAAAUGUCUUCUUAAGGAAGGCAGAGAUUGAGGACCCUCUGGAAGACCCCACCACGGGAGACCAAGUCCACAAAUCGGUGUUCAUUAUCUUCUUCCAAGGUGACCAGCUGAAGAACAGGGUGAAGAAGAUCUGUGAGGGGUUCCGUGCCUCACUGUACCCGUGUCCAGAGACCCCACAGGAGAGGAAGGAGAUGCUGGCUGGAGUCAACAGCCGCAUCGACGACCUCCAGAUGGUGCUGAACCAAACAGAGGACCACCGUCAGCGAGUGCUGCAGGCUGCCUCCAAGACUAUGCGAGUGUGGUUCAUCAAGGUGAGGAAAAUGAAGGCCAUCUACCACACACUCAACCUCUGCAACAUUGAUGUCACCCAGAAGUGUCUGAUUGCUGAGGUGUGGUGUCCCGUCUCAGACCUGGACUCCAUCCAGUUCGCUCUGCGCAGAGGGACGGAGAGGAGUGGCUCCACGGUGCCGUCCAUCCUCAACAGGAUGCAGACCAAGCAAACUCCACCUACCUUCAACAAGACCAACAAGUUCACGUCAGGCUUCCAAAACAUUGUUGAUGCCUAUGGCAUCGGGAACUACCGGGAAAUCAAUCCAGCUCCGUACACCAUCAUUACUUUCCCCUUCCUGUUUGCGGUGAUGUUUGGUGACAUGGGUCAUGGCCUGCUGAUGACUUGUGCUGCUCUAUACCUGGUCAUCCGAGAGAGUCGCCUCCUCGCCCAGAAGAGUGAUAAUGAGAUGUUCAACAUGGUGUUUGCUGGUCGCUACAUCAUCCUGCUGAUGGGGAUCUUCUCCAUCUACACCGGCGUCAUUUACAACGACUGCUUCUCCAAGUCACUCAACAUGUUUGGCUCUGGAUGGAGCGUCAGACCCAUGUUUAGCUCAAAAGGAGCCAACUGGACGUUUGAGACACUUGAUGGAAAUGCAGUUCUGCAAUUAGACCCUGCGGUUCCUGGUGUGUUUAACGGGCCUUAUCCACUCGGAAUCGACCCGAUCUGGAAUGUUGCCACCAACAAGCUGACCUUCCUUAACUCAUUCAAGAUGAAGAUGUCUGUGAUCCUGGGCGUCAUCCACAUGCUGUUUGGAGUGUCUCUCAGUCUUUUCAACCACCUGUACUUCAAGAAGCCGCUGAACAUCCUCCUGGGCUUCAUCCCAGAAAUCGUCUUCAUGGCAAGCCUGUUUGGCUACCUCGUUCUGCUCGUCUUCUACAAGUGGACAGCCUACGAUGCCUUCACCUCCAAGGACGCUCCCAGCCUGCUGAUCCACUUCAUCAACAUGUGUCUUUUCAACUACAACGACCCCACGAACAAACCCCUCUACAGGGGACAGAUGGGGAUCCAGGUUUUGUUGGUGCUGAUUGCCCUUGCAUGUGUACCCUGUAUGCUGAUUGUGAAAACUAUGGUGCUUCGGCGUCAGCACCUGUGGAAAAAGCACCUGUCCCAGAAGAGGGAAGAAACCCCUGCAGAGAAUCUAGAGCAGUCUUUAGAGCAAACAGGCGUGUCCUCAUCAUGCACCGGACUCACCCAACAGGGCACGCAGAAGUUCGGAGGGGUGCGGGUGGGCAACGGGCCCACGGAGGACGAGGCUGGCAUCAUGGACCACGACCAGCUCUCCCAGCACUCAGAGGAAGGAGAUGAGCACUCAGAGGAAGAGCCGUUUGACUUUGGUGAUGUAGCUGUACAUCAGGCCAUCCACACCAUAGAGUACUGUCUGGGAUGCAUCUCCAACACAGCUUCCUAUCUGCGCCUCUGGGCCCUCAGCCUGGCUCAUGCACAGCUGUCAGAGGUGCUCUGGUCCAUGGUGAUGCACCUGGGUCUGUCCUCUCGGAGUGGUGGCGGGUUCUUCGGCCUGUCCAUCAUCUUCUCGGCCUUUGCCACCCUCACUGUUGCCAUCCUGCUCAUCAUGGAGGGACUGUCAGCAUUCCUGCAUGCCCUGCGUCUGCACUGGGUGGAGUUCCAGAACAAGUUCUACUCUGGCCAGGGCUUCAAGUUUGUCCCCUUCUCGUUUGAGAGCAUCCUGGAGGGUCGAUUUGACGAGUGACCAGGCCUCAGGCCCUGAAGGAUGAGCCAGCAGAGUCCCCAGCCUUCCCUCCACUUGUGUAUGUGUUUGUGUGCAUGAGAUUAAGCGCAGCUCUCUUCCACCCUCUAGUGAUCAUUUGUGAAAUUAUUAUUGUGUAUGAGCUAUAAUGUAGUCCUUGUAAAAGGUUUUUCCUCUACACACGUGCCAAACUGUACCUAUACUGGAGCUUCUAUUGCUGUGGGACAGUACUAUCACUGUACUCACACUCAGUCACUCAGUGUGUUGUGACAUCUAAGAUAUCCAUCACCAAAUGAAUCUGGAUUGGAGGUGGAAAUAGACAAAUCAUGAGUGUGGUGGCACCUCACUUGUAGUUUCUGUAAUGCUAACAUAUGCAGAGGAUCCUUACACCAAGAAAAUAAUCCAGAAGUACUGUGACACAGAUUAUAUUUAGAAAGUAUAGUCAUCAUUAGAAUGAAGGUUAGAAUGUAGAACACUGAAACUAAACUCUGCCCAGAAGUCUCUUCUGUUCUGUGGUGUUCCCACUCCAACGACAAACCUGUUUCCUGUCUAACACACUGUGUGCACUAUGUUCUUGCUGACAUAGUGUGCACAUUUCAACAGGGAAAUGUUACUGACUUACAUUUGCACAUUGUGACAGUUUGGGACAGUUAGUCAGUGGAAAAACCUUUACAGAUCCACCCUGCUUGUCGUUUUGUUGUGUAAUCAGAGAAUCUACAUAGAAACACUGCAGACAUCCCAGUGUUUACUCAUCCCAGAGCUUUAAAUGUUACUGCUCCACUCUGUCUUCAUCCGAAAGAAUUUAAAAAUCAGUGCUCAGGGAUGACAAUAAACUGAGAUGUAAGACAGAACUGUUCUCUGGUACAUCUGUAUACAGGAGCUAGUAGACACAGUAUUAAAGGCCCACUCAUGUACUGUAGAUUGCUGAUAUUUGAACUGCCAGUUCAGAGAAUCAGUGUAUGGGUCAAAUGGAUGUAUUGAUUUAUUAUCGAAAACAAAGCUGUUCCUGGUGAAAUGAAGGCAUGAUGUCCUCUGUGCUGUGAUGUGUAUCUGUGCUCAUUCUGUGUGAACUGUUGUAAACCAGUCAAAGAACUGAACUGAUGCACUGAGUCUAAAAAAUCUCAGUUAAUUUAUGUACAAUCAUGUUGUUGCUUCAGAAAUGUGGGAAAUAGUGACACGUGAAAGAAUUGUGACACACUAUUGUCCAUCCACUUUGUUUCUUUGUAAAACGUACACUACUUUUUCCACAUAUCUUAGCUUUCACUCACACAGUACUGCCGCUGGACACCCAUUAUCAGUUAAAUAUGGUGAUUUAAAGUGUGCCAUGCUGCACUGAAACGUCUCUCUUCUCUUCAAACCAAGGCUUACUUUAGAUUUACAUUCACGAUCAUGUUGGUCUGAUAAUUAAAGUUAUUAAUAUAGUACUUCAUUUUCUUUGUCUUUAUCAUUUUUUGUGUUUGAGUUUUUACAUGGGAUCAUUUACAUUCUAUAGCAAAUAGAAAUGACACAUGUAUCUCAUGUUUCUCAGUGACUGGUGAUGUGGAAGGUAAUAUGUUUGUGACCGGUAAUAAACAGAGAGGUGGGGAUUCA